GCGGGGCCUCGCCGCUCUUUCUCUAAUGCGCGCGCGCUCUUUCGGUUUGCUCCGCGUUCCAGGCCGAGGCGACGUCGACGGCGAGGCUCAUUCCGCCUCACAGCGCUGAGGCGGCAAGAAGCAGGGGGUCUUCGCUGCCGCCGGACUGACUGACUCCCCCCCCAGCCUCGCCUCAUGGAGCCCGGCGGCCUUGCCCCGCCGAGGCUCUCUCACCGCCGCCGCCUCCUCCUGCAGGACCAGCCGCGCUGCCCCGCUCCGCAGGGUCGCGGAGGCCUCCCCGAACCCGCCGGCCUCGCUCGCGCCGCCGACCGCCGGAGGAGCCUGGGCUGCGGCGGCUCAAGUGAAAAUUGUGUACAAACGUCGGAAGAAAAGAAUGUCAAUCUGCAAAGGACGUCGUCUUCUGAAUCUACAGAUUCUGGUUGCUGUAUGGAUUCUCCUACACAGCUCGGCAUGAAAAACCUUGAUGAAAUUUUUAGAGUACCCAUGCGAAGAAUGCACUCCCUCCCGCAGAGCCUUUUGGGAUGCAGCCCUGCUCUGAAGAGGAGCCACUUAGAUUUGCUCAGUUGUGAUGUCUUCCAGGGAUGCGGCCCUGAGGAGAACAAAGAGAAUGAACCAUUUGAAUUCAAAAAGCCAACAAAGCCUGCUUCUCGUACCAGUCUACGUACCUCUUCCCUUGAAGAUGAAGGGUUGAGGCAGGAGCCCGCCACAACACUUUUGUUUCAUAGUGGAAAAGCUGACAACUAUCAAGAAAGCUUCAGUCCAGCAUUCCUGAGGCCGCUGUCUCGAGGGGCCUCAGAAACUGAGGAAGAUGAUGACGAUGAUGGAUUCUUAGAGAUAAUGGAUGGUCCAGAUGUCUGCAACGAUGGUGAGAUGCCCUCUGACGUGGCCAGCCUUUGGACAGCUCCUCUAGUCAUGAAGAAAGGGGACGAUGCCCAUAAUAAACAGUGCAGGUUGCUGGGCAUGGAAAGCGAGCCGUACAGCAUGGCCAAAGCUGCCCUGAAGAGAACGGGACGAUCCCCAGAAGAGAACUCUCCCUAUUUCAUCAAGAGGAAAAGAAACGUCUGCAAGGCAUCUUCUGAAGAACUAACGAGCCUGGUGCUGAUUGACCCAAACUCAUUGUUCGAGAACUCAACGGAAAUAGAGAGCAUUUUGGACAAUGACGCAAGGGAUCUUAUUGGAGAUUUUUCAAAGGCUUACCUUUUCCAUACUGUAGACGGGAAGCAUCAAGAUCUGAAGUAUAUUGACCCAGAAAUGAUUGUUGACGUGUUGAAUGGCAAGUUUUCAAACUUCAUUAAGGAGUGCGUGAUAAUUGACUGUCGAUAUCCCUAUGAAUAUGAAGGAGGCCACAUCAAGGGUGCUGUAAACCUUCACAUGGAAGAGGACGUGGAGGACUUUUUGCUGAAGAAGCCCAUCGUGUCAUCGGACGGCAAACGAGUCAUCAUCAUUUUCCACUGCGAGUUCUCUUCAGAGCGGGCCCCACGGAUGUGCCGAUUUGUGAGGGAGAGAGACCGACUUGGCAACAGCUACCCCACUCUGCAUUAUCCUGAACUGUAUGUUCUAAAGGGAGGAUACAAGGAUUUCUUCUUAAAAUGCAAAAGCUACUGUGAGCCCCAAGCCUAUCGCCCGAUGCACCACGAAGACUUCAAGGAAGACCUGCGCAAAUGCCGCACGAAGAGCAGGACCUGGGCUGGUGAGAAGAGCAAAAGGGAACACUACAGUCGCCUGAAGAAGCUCUGAGAGCCGCAAGAAGGGCAGCCAGAUUUAGCCUGCCUGCCUGCCCUGUGGGUGAAAGCGGGGACACGUUAACUUCUCCAUGUGCCUCGCAGGAAUUGUUCACUCCUUGCAUGGGCUUUGCUUCACCGUCUACUGAAUCACUUCAUGCAAGAACAAGCGGAGUCCACGGACUGCCAUAUUGCAGGCAUGAACCCUUCAGGCGUUUGCAUUCUGUCCAUGAAUCCAGGGUUUCCCCGUAUGCUUCUGAAGACAAUCCAUUUAAACAGUGUGUAUACAGGAAUCAGGGUAGCAUAUAACUGCCGAGCAGAGUGUCGAUCAUGAGAUUUUAAUGUCGAUUUUACAAAUUGUGCCUUUUUAUGUUAGUGCAGCCGGAUGAAGCUAAGUUACCUGUGACUGGGUUUCCCGGGUUGUGUCAUGGCCCUAAUUUUGUACAAGGGGCAAUGAGCAGGGAGGGUUUUUUUGAGACCUGACCCCACCCUCUGAGCCGCAGCUCUGAUCUUGCCAGCAUUUUCUUACCACACAGGAGUACAUGUGGCGGAGGGGUGUUGGAAGUAUUUUCGUGGAACGUGCAUUUGCUUCCUGUAAUGAAGUAUUUAUCUGCUGCCAAAGAGGAAGCUGUUUUAUCAUGUUCUAACUUAUUCUUGGACCUUGUCGUCCCCUUAAACUUAGUUGCUUUUUAAUGCGCAGGUGUGACAUUUCACAUGUGCAGCGCCUGGGGUGACCCUGGUGCCAAAACAGCCUGUCAGUGUUCAAAUGCAAACUGCCGUCCCUGCAUAUAUACAAUCACACUCCCUGUGUGCUCGGCUGUGAUUGUGGCAUACUUCUAGGGCAGCCUCAACCUCAUGCCCCCCAGAUAUUUUGGGCAGCAGUUCAGGCUGGGACAGGUGACUGUUACAGUUAGAACAUCUGGUGGGCAUCAGGUGGGCGCAAGCUGCCAUAGAAGGUAAAUCUGGCCUGGGUAGAUCAUGCUGUGUGCUUCUCCUUCCUCCAACUGUCCCCAACAGAGGUUUGCUAACCCUUUUUAAAGAAUUUGGCUCCCAAGUCACUCCCUCAUGCCUUAUUGGAAGGGUGCUGGGAGGUAGUGACACGGCUGUUUGAGGAGUGUGGGCCAAAACAAAUUCCAAACUGCUUUAAAUUGCUCUAGUUACCAGUGUAAACCCGGGGGGCAGAAGGAGAUGGAGUAGCUCAGAGACUAUGUUGUGCCUGGCCAGAAAGUAUUACAAGCCAGCUUGCUUCUAAACAUUAGGGGAGAACAAGUGUUUUUUAGGGGGAAUUAGUAUUGCAAGCUAUACUUUUCCGUAAUUGUGUUUUGGUCUUUGAAACAAGCCUUCAAAUAUUACAAGAAAUCAGUCAGUGGCUAAACUCAACCAUGAGGCUGGGACGUUUUCUGCUUCAUAUUUGUGCAGAUGUUUGGUUUUUGGCAAUGUUGUUCCAUAUGCUCAAACUCUUUGAGCUGUGAUGCAAUUCCAUGUCUGCAUCAGAUCUAAAAUACCACCCCCUGGUUUGUUUGCUCUGCUGUUACUUGGCCUCUGUGCAGGUGAUCAGCAGGUACCUCCAAACUGGGGUGGGAUUAGAAGGCUCACUUCAAUGCAAGCCAGUCCUCCCAUUCACUGGUGAGGAAGGCUGCAGUCUUCAAUAAGAGGUGGUUCUUGAACGGGGUGAAUUGCCGUAGCGGAAGUCCAGGCUUUUGCCCUUUCUGCGACAGGGACCAGCGGUCUGCCAGACCAUUCUACUGUUUCCUUGCUGGCUGCUUCCUGUGAAUAUUUAUUCCACCUCCCCAAAGCACACUUCCUGGUAUUUGGAUAUGUAUUGUUUGUUCAAGUUGCUGUUUGUCUUUUUAAUUUGACAUUUGCACAUAAUUCAUUUAAGGGUAGGAAAAACAGUGUGCUUUUUAAUGUAUUGUGAGUUAUUUGAAGGGCGACGGGGACAUUUUAAACGACCCUGGUCCUAAUAAGGGCCUUGGCUGAAACCACCUGCUUCUGUGGCCUCGGGAAAUAAAAUGCCCAAUACACAA